GGCAUGAGUUUAAGCCACCCGGUAGGGGACUCGAACUGCGGUUAACUACAUGGGAGUCCAGCGACACAGCCAUUACACUAACUCCUGGUCCCACACCAUUAUGUUUGAAGUCUGAGAAUAUGCACUGUCAAGCACUCACUACUACUACAGGUAUGAGACAAAUCUUAGAUACUCUCCAAAUAUGUAGGAGUUUGAGAAGUGAACAAAGUUUUCCAGGCACAAAGAAAAGGUAACAAGGUUUAUUAAACUAAAUAAGAUGGAAACUAGAAAGUGAAAUCAAAAUUUUAUUCUAUAAUUUGUCAAAUUAGAAUAUACAACUUUAAAAUGGUGAAAUGACUUCCUCCAAAGUGUAAAAUAACUCAAAAACUUUGAGGUUUAAUUCUUCUACAAACAAUCCAAAUUUAAGACUUGUCAAAUAUUGCCGGUCUAGUGAGAACUGAGUUUAUUCAAGGAAAUUGAACAGAUGACCUACAGUCUUGUUUGCAAGAUCAAGCAAAACAUAAUAGCAAAAAAAGGGGGAAAAAAAAGCUACAAGAAAUUCAUUUCAGAUUUAGGUCACUGUCAAAACAAUAUAAAAUGUUUAAAUUAUAAAUUUUUUUCUAAUUCUCAAAAGGUAAACUUUAAUUUCUAAACAACCAUCAGAAGUCAUCCCUUACUCCUACUUUGAGGGAAAACAAACCUAAACACUUGGUCGGAAUGGUUGCUAAGACUCUACCACUUCCCAGUGUGCACAACUUUUUUCAACCUUCCUCCAGUCCUGGCAUCAGUGACACUCCGAGCCAAAAACAAAACAAACAAAAAACAAAACAAACAAAAAAAAAAAGAAAAAACUCAAGUACUGCCCUGCUGCCAGUGAUUUAAAGAUGACUCUAGCUGGAAAUUCCCUGAAAACGGACUCUGGAGGGCGCAGGGAGCACAGCGGAGAGUGGAAUCCCCUCGACGGCUCACAGCGUUAAAGCUACAAAAAGCCCUGCUGUCGACUGCGCCUGGGUUCUUUUUUGUUGUGUUUUAAUCUGCCUGCGGCAGCAGCCUAAAAUGAAAGGCGGGGACUGGAAUCGCCUGCCAAGCCUCUGCUCUGGGUCACACCGAGCAGCGCCUCCCGGUUCUCGCCAAGUCCAUCCCCCACCCUCUUUCGCCAUUCACCGCGCUCCCCUCCCCCCCAUCAUGUGACCGCAGCCUGGACUCCAGGCUUGUUUUUCCCCUCGGCACAGCCCCAAUGCGCAGGCGCCUCGGAGCCCAUUCAUUCGAACUGCGUAACAAUAAGCCCCGGGGCCCUGCCGCUGCGCGAGCUUCCCAGCUCGGCCCGAGCCCCUCACGACCAGAGAGGAGGCGGUGCCUCGCUGGGGUCCCCCACACCCGUCCAGCCCACCACCCGCCGCCAACCUCCGGCCCUCCGCCCACAAGCAAGGAGUUGAAGUCAAACUUUCCUAAGCACUUAAGGCGCCGCGGCGGCCCCUUCCCCGCCCCGUCUCCGCACCCGGCCCGGCCACCCACCACGCAACCCGUCCGUGGCGCAGGCUGCGCCCGCUCUCCUCCCAUCCCCCGCCCUGAGACCCUCCUGGCGCCGCCGCCGCGGCGAAGCCCAGGUGAGCUCGCGGCAAGCACGGAUCCGAGGCACUGGCCUGGUGAUCCAAGGUAACCCAUCAACCAGCAAAGGGCAGAAAGCACCCAGAUGUAUGGGGAGCAACAUAUGUUGACCUUGACAUUUUCACUCCGGUGAACGAAGGACCACACUUCGAAAUGCUGAACUAUUGACAAUCAGCCUCGAGGCCUUAAAGAGACUUCUAAAAAAAUGGCCUGCCAUUUCUAACUUCAGACCCAUUUUUUCUCGUUUUUGCUUUUGAGUGAACUCCGUCGUGAUGUCCAAGAAUGCCUUCUGAAUAAAGUGGUGCAACAUGGAAGAUAAUAACACAGAUACUGGGUUUUUUUGAGCCUCUCAAAGUGAUCUGGAGAAACUUUGGUCCUUUAAAACUCUUUAGUACAAUUCAAAAAGAGUAUUAUCAAAUUAUAUCACAAAGAAUUCUAUUGAAUCUAGUCUUCUAUAAUAUAGUACAGACGUGUAAGAUAUAGUACAGACAUUAAUAAAGGUAAAAGACAAUUGAUGUACAAACAUAACUUUAAUAAACCCUAAACUUUAAUAAACCCUAAGUAUAGCAUCUCUCCUUUUCCUUAGUUUUAUACCAGAUUUUCGUAAGUUUCCUGUUAAAUUUUCAAAUGUUUUAAAUUAUAAUAGGUAGGUGUAUUCAUUGCCGUGUAAGUUUUCUUGUUUAUCUUUAAAACAUACUUCAAGUAUAUGUAAGCCUGACGAAAUCUGAAUAAGGUCUGUGGCCUGUGCCAAUGUCAGCCUACUCAUUUGGAUAUUGUAUAACAGUGAUGCAAGGAGCAUUGGGAAAAACUGGGUGAAUAUUACAGGGGAUCUCUCAGUACUAUUUUUGCAAUUUCCUGUGAAAUUUAUAAUUAUUUC